GGACGUGCAAUGUCUAUUCAUAUUCGUUUGUGACGCGACUAUAUCAUUCUGUGAUUAUGUUGUAAUCUUAUUUUCUGCUGAAUCGGUAACGUUAAAAAUUACUGGAAAAUGAUAACAGAGACUUUACGAGUCUUUGAUAGUGUUCGUCAAUAGCAAAUACACGAUAUAAAGUGUGAUGCUUGUUUAUAUUUAAUGCGGCUUAUUGCACGUACAUAUCAGUUUAAAGUGUUCUGCAGUAUUUCCACGUUUAGUACGACGUAGGACAAGAUACGUACGUUUAAUUUUGUAUAAAAAGAGUUCAUAGCAAUGUUUGAAUGGGCAUACGAUGGUGUUAAUGCCUCGAUACCACGUAAUGUGGGACCAGAGUGUGCAAAUUACCUGAGCCCAAAGCGAAGAAUCAUUGAAACAUUAUUCAUAUCCAUAUUCAUAGUAAUCUUUCUAGUCUGGGGCUACAGACACAUUAAAUUGCCAACCAAAGUGUCAUAUGUAAAUCAUGAUCGUGUUGGUAAAAGAGUAUUAUUAAUUAUUAUGUCAUUAGUAUUAGGAAUGGAAAUUGGUUUCAAGUUUACCAGCAGGACAGUUAUAUAUAUACUAAAUCCUUGUCAUGUGACAACAGCUGUACAAUUAUAUUUACUGGCAGCAGAUCCUAGUCCUACAGUCACAGCAAUCUUCAGGAUACAUUUGAAUUUUAUGAAUGGACCACUUUUAGCUUACUUAUUUCCUGAGACAGAAUCUCGCAGAGUGUAUAUAACGUGGAACGUUUAUCAGACAUAAGUUGGUCUGUUUUCAGCUAUGGGAUAAAUUUAGCUUAUCAUUUCUGGGUUAUUCAAGUCAUUGCCUUGCCAGUACAAGUAAAUCUAAGUCACAUGCUAUGUGCAGCUAUUCUUGAUCCUUUUGAAGGUCAAUAUUAUCGAGUAUGGACAUUUAUUCAUCAAGGAAUAUUAUGUCCAUUGUUAAGCAAACUAUUCUGCUAUGUAUCGAAUUUUCUAUUAACGAAAUUUCCGCCAACUAGAGUGAAACCGACGCUCGACUGUGCACUUGCAAGAAACAACAGAGUGGAAGAUAACGAGAGAUUACACGAAGAUGCAAAUACCUCAGGCAAUGGACAUACUCACGUAAAUUAAAUCGAUAUUUCGUAAUUCUGGUGGACAUGAUUUCCGCUGCAAAUCAGUGAGUACAUGAUUUAGACAGUUAGAUAAGUUUACAUGUCAAUAAUCGAAUUAACACAAAUCAUUUUGUGUUUAUUAUAUGUGAAUUGUAUAGUCACUGUAAAAAUUGGAGGUCCUUUUCCUGAAUAAACACGUUUGUAGUUAUUUUUUCGCACUAUCGUGUGAUAACAGUAAAUAGACACAGUACAGGGCAAACUGUAAUAGUAAUUAGGGAUUUAUAAAUUUCAAAUAUAAAUAUGUAAUGAACUUUAAAUUAGGUGCUACUAUUGCCAUGUAGCACAUAUUAUCCACUUAGUGGAAAGAAGAGUCAGCAGAUUCUUUAA